UCAAAUGGUCAAUAUAAGUAUUAGAGUUUAAGAAACAUAGAUCUUGUGCAUGCUGUCAAUAUCAAGGAAGAUGUAUCGGAAUUGGAUUGAAGCACUGAUUGAAGAAGUGAACUAGAAGUUGAUCACUUCUAGUUCAAUCCAGUUCAGUGGUUCACUAGGAGUGAACAACUGGUGAUACAAAUGUACAAGCAUCACCACCGUCCAGAGGAAAAGUCACCAUACAAAUAUGGAGAGAAGAGCUUUCACCUCGUCUCCACUUCAUGCAGCAAUUCUGAACUCAGAAUUAUUCCUGCAAGCAACAGCUCUAUUCAUCCAAAAUAGACAGAUGACCUUGCACUCAGCGAAGAAGAUGAAGAUGAAGAUGAACGAGACCAUGUUCAUCAUCAUCUCUACACUUUGUGUGAGUGUCUGGCAGCUGAGUUCAGUGCAGGCAUCAGCAGCAGCUCCAGCUGCAACUGCUGCACAGACGGUGCAACCACUGCUUUGUGCUCAACGAGUGGCAGUUUGGAACGACGAGAGCAACGACAGUCUGAACAUCGAGUGCAGUCCCACCGACAAUCCAAGUGGACCACAUGUAGCGGCGUCUCUGACUCACCCCGGGGGCAAUUUCUUCUUCAACCCGCUAAUGCACGACGCUGAGGCUGAUCGGUGGACCUGCAUUGUGGGCCUGGCUCAUGCUCCCGGCUGCCUCAAGUUCACGGCCUGGGCUGACGAGCAGCACCAGUCCUCUCUCGUGGCGCCAUGCCACUUCUGCGCCUACAAGGUGUCCACUCUCGGACUCUGGAUCGACGCCAAUUCUUGCCACUGGAGCGAGCUUCCGGACUGGCACUUGCUUCAGGUUCCAAUGGGCCACAAUUGCAGCUUUUAGGAAUCUGUAUCAGUCCAUGUGAAGAAUUUAAUCACCCUCCAAAGCUGCCAGU